GUAAAAUAUCAAAUACUGAAGACUAUUCUAAAGAACUUUUUAAACAUUCUGAAGAACUUUUUGAAGAACUUCCUGAAGAACAUCUUGAAGAACAUUCUGAAAACAAUACCUUUAAUAAUGAAGUUCUUGAU